CCGACCACAACACACGCAUACCAUACAUUCACAAACAAGACAAACUAUUACUACGAAACUCAAAAAAUCAGAUCUGUAUUCGCACUAUUAGCAAUAUGAAGAACUUGACUCGCAUCGUAGUAUUGGCGGUGGCUAUGGGCCUCGCGUCGGCCUCCCAAUUAUCGUCCUCGACCGCACUGACAAGGAGAACGCGUCAAUCGUUCAAUCUGAGGGAAAUCGAAAUUCAGCUCGAGCGUCAAGGGUGCCCCGCCCCCUUACGAGCAUGCCCGAUCCUCCGUAGCGACAUAUCACUCGACUUGAACGUGGCACUGCCCAAGAGGACGAUCAGCAAGCGAAACUGGGAAUGCUUCAACUUGCAAACAGACGUCAACUCGUGUGGAAGCUGUGAUAAUGAUUGCAUGGAGAUCCCCAAUGUAGCCCGGGCGAAAUGCGACUCAGGUUCAUGCAAGAUUGUCUCAUGCCGAUCAGGGCUCCAACCAAAGGCCACCGUAAACCACGUCACCGGCUCGAAGAGUAUGAAAUGCGCCUGA